CUUAUUAUGUGUGACAGGUAUAGAGUUAAGGCAACUAUUACUGCUUCUGAGCUGGUGCUUCUACCUUCAACUACAAAAGAUAAACUUCUGCCUAUUGUUCUAAAAGAGCGAGCGUCAACAAAAGGUAACGCGGACAUGUAAAUAAUGUUGGAAAAGUAUUUGCUUGUUACUUUGAAAUUUAUUUCGGCACGUUAUUAAGAAGUGGAGUAGUGUAAAUGGUUUUGCGUAGACAGUUUAUGUGAGUACGUGUAACUUUUAGAUAAAACGGUUUUCAAUUGGAUAAAAUUCAUAGGCCGAUUUCUACAUGAAAAGUCAACGAAAGAUUCGUUCUGGACAUGAGGAGACAACUAAGAAAUGACAAAAGUUUUUACUACUAGCCAUCUAUUUUUUGUCAUUUUUAGUACGUCAUACGUAUUUACAGAAGACCUCUUUUGCCCACCUGCUUGGCCCACGACAAAAGUUCAACCUAGUGACACCGAUAUUCCUGCUUUGGAAUUUUUGGGAUACGACUCAGAAAGUGAAUGCGUUUGUCGAAAAAUACCCAAAAAGUGGACUGUAUGUUACGGGAGUGAUUCGUGCUAUCGAUUUCCGAGGUCCUUUAAAAUCGAUACCACCUUGUUGAGAGUUAAAACGACAAGGAUUUCUGAAAUACUCGCGGGAGAUUUACAAUCUGUAACUCAUUUAGAAAGUUUGGAGAUUGAAGGAAAUUUUCACCUAUGGCGUAUACAACCUGGUACCUUCUUCAACAUGACCAAACUCAUCAAGAUGAGUAUAUCGUACAAUACCAAUUUGAAAGUCCUGGAAAAAGAAACAUUUAAGGGAUUGAUUAAUCUCAAGGAACUGUAUCUAAUGAAAAACGGCUUCACCAAUGUUGUAGAUAUUACGCAAUCCCUUCAAGUCCAGUUUGUUCCCAAUUUAAUUAAAGUGAGUUUAAGUGAAAACGAAUUUGUGAAUAUAGACGAACACGCGUUUUCAUCAAUGGCUUCAAGUGUAAUAGAAGAAUUAAAUUUAGUGUUGUGCCAAAUUGAAAACAUUAGUUCAAAAGCUUUGCUGCCUCUUCGCAAACUACAAGUUUUGCGAUUGGGAGAGAACAAUUUUGAGGCGUCUACUGUUACGAAUUUACUUGAAACGAGUAUAGACAAUAACGUGCCAUUGAAAAUGUUAAAUCUUUAUGGAAAUGGAUUUAGAAAAUCACCUCCUAAAGCAAUGCUAAAAGUACUGGCAAAAUCGAAUAUAACCCAUUUGUGUAUGUCGAAAAACCAGUUUGAAAUUAUUUCAGACACCACAUUCCCUUCGAACGAUAAAUUGGAAUAUUUAGAUCUGAGAGAAGAUGUAAUUUUGAAUAUUACAGCGGAUGGUUUUGCUGGAAUGUCGAAUUUAAAAACUUUGUUGUUAAGUGGAAAUAAAUUAUCCUGUAUUCCAGAUGGUGUGCUACUGGAAUCUCUUACUUACUUGGACCUUUCUACGAACUCUGGAGAUAGUUACUUUCCUUCGUAUUUUUCACUCGGACGACGAAGAUUUUCCAAGAUGAAAGCCCUUAAACUUCUGAACCUCUCCUACAAUAGAAUCAAUUCAAUUCUAAACGAAAGUUUUGUUGGACUUGACAAUUUAGAAAUUAUGGGACUAAAAAAUGCUACAGUGUUUCACAUUCAACCUUAUUCAUUCCAACCUCUUAGGAAACUUAAAAUUUUAAAUUUGGAAAACAACCCCUUCCCCACAAACACGCCACUCACUGCCGACUUGUUUUACGGACUCGAUUCCUUGGAAGUACUUCUCUUGGGAGGAUGCAUGAUUUCCGAUUUGAGUGAUAAAAUUCCAAUUUUUUCUCAUUUGAAACAUUUACACCAUUUAGGCCUUGAAAGAAACCACUUGACCACGUUAAGUAGUGACGUGUUUUUCCCAUUAUCAAAAUUGAAAAGCAUCGACUUAACUGAUAACUUUUUGGUAUCGUGGGAACAAAGACUUUUUGAAAAUAGUUCUUCCCUUCAAGUGGUUCAUGCCGGACACAACAGGAUGUCUUAUAUGACCGAGGCGAUGCUGAACGAUCUUUCUAAUUUAACGCAAAUAGACUUGAAAGGGAACCCUUUCAACUGUGAUUGUUACAGUCUCCAACCCCUAAUCAAGUGGAUGGAAUUUCAUAUAAACUUAUCGGUUCUUAAUAACACUGAACUGUAUCCAAACUGUGUUUUCUCAAGUGGCAAUACAACAUCUAUCAAUGUAGAUUAUUUAAAAGUGAUUAGGAACAAGAUGGCGAAAUGUGAUCAACUGAUUCAAAAUUUUUCCUUCAUUCCGUUGAUUGUGAUCGCGAUUAUUAUUACCGUUAUUACAUGUAUUACGUACUUGUACAGAUGGCAAAUAAAAUAUUUUUUGUUCGUUAUUUCAUUGAGAUUGGCAAAACGCAAAAGACUUCUACCAAAACAAAAAUGUGACGAACAGCAAUCCUUUCAUUAUGACGCUUUUGUUUCCUAUAGUAAUGAAGACAGAGAAUUUGUGGUGAAAUUGGUAACAAUGUUGGAAAAUCAUGAACCCUACUACAAGUUGUGUGUCUACGAGCGAGAUUUUCAAGUGGGUGCAAUAAUUACAAGUGAGGUGCUUGAGAAUGUUGCGAAAAGUAGAAAAACGUUGUUGAUUAUAUCAGAUUCCUAUGUCAGAUCCCAUUGGUGCAGGUGGGAAGUCCAAAUAGCUGAACACUACAAACUUUUAGAGAAAGAAAGCUACGACGUUUGUACCGAUGACUCGAUAAUUUUGGUCAAACUGGGAGAGAUCACGUCUUCCAAACUGUCGUCAACGUUGAAGUACUUAAUGAAAACCAGAAUAUAUUUGCAAUGGGAUUCUGAUCUUAGAAAGCAAGACAUAUUUUGGGAGAAAUUAAGACAAAUUCUUGCACCCCCAAAGUGAAAAUGAAACAUCCAUUGGAACCAAGGAAGUCAAUAUGUUUUAUCUGUCAGAAACGCCAUUUGUUAAAUGAUUGAGGAAUUAACUUCAGAGGCUUUGUCUAAAUACAGCCCUGUUAUCCUUUUAAACGAUUUAAAGGAUGAUGUGAUGAUGAAAUUUGUUGAUGUGCUGUACUUCGACAUAAAAUUAAACGAUGUACUUAAAUACCAAAUUUAUUGUAACAAUUUACAUUUUAAGUAGGUAAUUAAAGCUGUUUUGUAAUAAUUUUCGAUAGGAAAUCGAAAAAUUUACUUACUUGUCG